GCAUCAAGGCCGCACCUUCAAGACUCUUUUCUCUCUCUUCUUCUCCUCCAAGACAGUCGCCAUGGGUCGUAUGCACGCUCCCGGAAAGGGCAUUUCGUCCUCUGCUCUCCCCUACCGUCGCGCUCCUCCUACUUGGCUGAAGACGACUCCAGACGACGUUGUUGAUCAGAUCAUCAAGCUCGCCCGUAAGGGCUUGCCUCCGUCCCAAAUCGGUGUUACUCUCCGUGACUCGCAUGGUAUCCCCCAAGUGCGAUUCGUCACUGGUAACAAAAUUCUUCGUAUCCUCAAGGCGAACGGACUUGGCCCAUCCAUCCCUGAGGACCUAUGGUUCCUCAUCAAAAAGGCGGUUGCCGUCCGAAAACACCUUGAGGUCAACCGCAAGGACAAGGAUUCCAAGUUCCGUCUUAUCUUGAUCGAGUCCAGGAUUCACAGGCUGGCUCGUUACUACAAGACCAAGCAGCAGAUUCCUCCCACUUUCAAGUACGACUCUGCUACCGCCUCCACUCUCAUUGCCUAAGCGUGUGGUGGUUUUUGGGAGGGCGAGCCUCUUGUCGAAAUUCUAUGGCAUUACUCUCAUGUACUCUACCGCGCUGUAUGCAAAUCUACAUGCCACGUUAUGCGUAGC